AUGACCUUGAUGACCUUUAUCGCAUCUCUCCCCUCUCCUCCUCUUUCUCCCAUCCUCUCCCAAUCCCCACCAGCAGACUCGGCACUUUCAUCCAAGUACCAGUCUCGCGGGGCCCGCCAUUUCCUCGCCAUGGACACGAUGCACCCCGACCCGACCCCGGCGGUCCCGGCAAGCCUGGAGGACAUUCGCGAGCAAGUGUCGCGUCUCGAGGCCGCACACCGCGCCAAGGGCAUGCCUCUCUCGGGACGUAUCAUCCACGUCUUUCACCACUUGCCCGUCGAAAUUGUCCGUCUCACCCAGCCCAACACGUUCGGCACCUUGUCGUCUCCGAUAACCCCAGAGUUCAAGCCUGAAGACACUUCCACGACGGUGGAGAGCAUUGACGCCAAAUGGAAGAUUCACGCCCGUCGCGGCCACACUGCCAUGAUUUCCGGUAUCCGCUCCCUCUCUGACACCCACAAUCAGAUUGUUGUGGCGUGGACAGGCGACGUCCUCCUCCAGCCGAGCGCCCCGUCCCAGGUCAACACCCCCAAGCAGGUGCCAACCCCCAGACGUUCCGACCCACCACCCAAGAUGGUGCUCCAGGACGCUGUAGAGCUCCACCCUCUCCUCGUUGACGACACCCCGCUCAUGGUGUACAACGGCGAGUUUGACAAGGAGGAGCAGGACGAGAUCACGUCCGAGCUCGAGCGGUUCAGUGAGAUUGAGGCCCAGCAUGAGGGCGGCGGUCUCCUCAACUACGUCCCCGUCUUCCUCCCGCGUGAUGUGAGCAAGGGCCACUAUGAGGGCUACUGCAAGACCACUCUCUGGCCCCUCUUCCAUUACCUGCUGUGGCUCGACUCGACCGCCACCGUCCCGUCGCCCGACCCGUCGUGGAUUGCCUACCAGACGGCCAACGAGCUGUUUGCCCAGCGAGUGGCUGAGCAGUACCGCGCCGGUGACCUCAUCAUUGUCCACGACUACCACCUCCUCUUGGCCCCCAAGAUGAUUCGCGACAAGCUCCAGGCCCCCAUCAUCUUCAACCCCCAGUGGACUGUGCCCAUCAUGAACCCCUCGCCUUCGGUCAGCACCGAGAGCCGGAAAGGCAUGGACUGGGAGAAUGGCAGCGCCGCGUCGGACAAGCUGCAACCACACUCUGGCAGCUCUGCCGCCAACCAUCUGGCUACCUCGGGUCUGUUGGGCAAGGCUACCGACCACCUCGCCAACGGCAACGGUGCUGGCGAGAUCAUGAUUGGUUUGUUCAUUCAUACCCCAUGGCCCAGCUCUGAGAUCUUCCGAUGCCUGCCGAAGAGGAGAGAGCUCCUGGAGGGCAUGCUUGGCGCAAACCUUGUCUUGUUCCAGACCUACUCGUACUCGCGCCACUUUGUGUCCAGCUGUAUCCGUGUCUGCGGCUACGAGUCGACCUCGGGUGGUGUGGAUGUCAACGGCCAGAACGUUGUCGUCGGCCACUGCCCUAUCGGCAUCGACAUUAAGCGCGUCUCGGCUGCCCGCGACUCGCCUGGUGUCUUCCCCAAGGUCGAGACCCUCCGCGCUCUCUACCACGACAAAAAGAUCAUUGUCGGCCGGGAAAAGCUGGACGCUCCCAAGGGCGUGUACAACAAGCUGCAGGCGUUUGAAAAGUUCCUCCAGGUCUACCCCGAGUGGAGGAACAAGGUUGUCCUCAUCCAGGUCACUACCCCAGCGCUUUCCGAAUCGCCCAAGCUUGAGCGCGAGGUCGCAGAGCUCGUCAGCCACAUCAAUGGUGCCUACGGAUCUCUUGACUUUACCCCUGUCCACCACUACCAUCAAGCGAUUGAACACGACGAGUACUUUGCCCUGCUGUCUGUUGCGGACCUUGCCCUCAUCACUUCGCUCCGUGACGGCAUGAACACCAUGUCGAUGGAGUUUAUCCUGUGCCAGCAGAAGACGAACAAGUCGCCCUUGGUGCUCUCCGAGUUUAUGGGCACCUCGUCGUCGUUUGGCGAAGCUCUCGUCAUCAACCCUCACGACCUCCUCGGUGUCGCCGAGGCGAUCAACAUUGGCCUUUCAAUGUCCGACGAGGAGAAGGCUCGCCGCCAUGCCGCCAUGUACCAGAGCGUCAUCGGCCACACCUCUCACUCAUGGGCGUCGACCAUUGUGCAAAAGCUCCUCGAGAACGUCGGCAACGAGCACACGGCCCACCAGACACCCGUCCUGGAUGUUCCCGACAUGCAGAGCCAAUACAAGAAGGCCAAAAAGCGUCUGCUCAUGUUUGACUAUGACGGUACUCUUACUCCUAUCGUCAAGGUCCCCUCGCAGGCCAUCCCGACGGACCGCACUCGCGCUGCCAUUGCCGCUCUCGCUGGCGAUCCCAUGAACGUCGUGUACCUCAUCUCAGGCCGCGACGGUGACUUCCUUGAGGAGCACUGGGGCAUGGUCCCGCGUCUCGGCAUGUCGGCUGAGCACGGCUCGUUUGUCAAGACGCCGCAGGAAGGCGAGUGGGUCAACAUGACCGAGGCACUCGACAUGAGCUGGAUGUCCGAGGUCGAGGACAUUUUCCGUUACUACACUGAGCGCACGACUGGAUCCAUGAUCGAGCUCAAGAAGGCCUCCAUCACGUGGCACUAUCGCAACGCCGACCCGGACUUUGGCGAGUUCCAGUGCAAGCAGGCCCUGGACCUUUUGGAAAGCAGCCUGGCUCCCCGCCGGCCUAUCGAGGUGCUCGUUGGCAAGAAGAACCUCGAGGUCCGGCCCCUGGCCAUCAACAAGGGCGAGAUUGUCCGUCGCCUCCUGUACGAAAACCCCGACGCCGAGUUUGUCAUUUGCGCAGGAGACGACAAGACCGACGAGGACAUGUUCCGUUCCCUCCGCGGCAUCUUCCCUCCCGGCGGCCCGCGCGAGGACGAGCCAGUGACCAUGAAGCCGCCCGUCGGCGUCACAUCCGUGCUCGAGCCCGAGGAGAUUGAGCUUCUCCCAGAGGUCGAGAUGCAGAUCCGCCCCGAGGGUGUCUUUGCCACCACUGUCGGCCCCGCGGCCAAGAAGACGCUCGCGCAGUGGCACGUCACGUGCCCCGAGGAAGUGGUGGACGCCUUAGAGCAGCUGCUAGAUGAGUGA